ACCAGAGUUAGCUACAAUACAUACAGGUUAGGCAUAUGUGCCCUCCUUUUGCUCCUUCAACGGGAACAUAUAAAAUCCAAGUAUACAGAUGAUAGCGGGCAUGAAUAUGACGGUGCUGAGCGGGUCGAAACGCAUGACUUUUGCGAGCACGGAUGGGCAGUUGCCGAAGUCCUGUCUCUUAGGACUCUUGAAAGGAAGGCAACUGCGAAGAAGGUCACCGCACCGAUGGGGAGGUUGAUUCAGAAACACCAGCGCCAUAAUAUUCGGUCGGUGAAGGCUCCACCGAGAGGUGGUCCUGCGAUUGCAGCGACGCCGUAUGUACCGCCCGUCAUGGCCCUAGAUGACAUAUCAGUGUUGGGCCAACGGAUACUAUUUUUGAGCGACGCCUCAGUUAUGAAUACAAGUCUUCUGAUCAUCCACUGCCUCUUUUACUCUUGCGAAACCCUAAUACCUCGAGCCGAUCCCGGGCAUCCUCGCUGUUCUGCGUGAAGGCGACAGCUUUUAGAAGACAAUACUUCAUAAGAUGCGCAACUUAACAGUAGCGUGAAGGAGUCUCACAUUGUAGGGACAUCAAUGUAAAGAGCGUAUUGGUAUUUAAUUUGCAAAAUAAAAAAUAAAUACAAUCUAAGGAGUGG